AGUAUGUCGCUAGCAUCUACACUGUGCGCACCAACACGUGGAGAAAGCGGAUAUUUCAAAUACCGCACGCGGCCGAAUUUAACCAAUUCAAUGGAACAUGCAGGACAUAUAAAACUACCUUUAACCCCUUCCCCUAUUUUUUAAUAGCUUCAAAUAAAUCAGGAUUACUGAAUUUUAUAGUGUUUCAGGUUUUGACUGAAUAUUUAAAAUAAACGUGACUAGAAUGUAUUUGAGAUUUUUACAACAAUUGAAUAAAUUUUUGUGUGUAGAGUGUUGUGAUAAAUGAAAAUGGUGAUUGUUGUUUAUGUGAAGUACAAUUUUCCAUGAGGAUGAUGCUUCUGACUGCCGCUUUUUUCGUUGUUUUUUCCCAUAUCGUCAUGAGUUUUAAUUUUGACGAAGGACCGAGUCAAAGUGAAUUGGAUAAACCAAUCCCCAUGGAGGAGGUUCACGGUGUGCUCGGCAAGAAGCAAAGUCUGCCCUGUGAUAUUAGGACAAGGGAUAGAGAUGACGCAGUUGCCAUGGUUUUGUGGUUCAAGGAAACCGUCGGAGAGCCGCUUUAUAGCUUUGACGUAAGAGCUAGGGAUUUCAAUCAAGCAAAACUGUGGUCGUCUCCAGAAAUAUUUGGGAAUAGAGCAUUUUUCCGAGCGGUAACUACACCCGCAGCACUAGUCAUAGACAAUAUCAAACUUAGUGAUGGCGGUAUCUACAGAUGCCGAGUAGACUUCAAGAAUACUCCAACAAGAAAUAGCAAAGUUAAUUUCACUGUUAUAGUACCUCCUGAAAAAAUUACCAUCUUCGAUGGACGGAAAAAAGAUAAUUCAGUAUUAUUAGGACCCUACAACGAAGGUUCCAAUAUCAAUUUAGUCUGUGAAGUUAAGGGAGGUCGACCCAAGCCAAAGGUGAUUUGGUUCCUUGAAAAUACCAUCAUCGAUGACUCCUACGAUGUACGACCUGAUGGUAUAGUUGUGAAUCAUUUGACAUUUCCAAAUGUUGGUCGACAACAUUUACACGCAAGACUGAUUUGCCAAGCCAGCAACAAUAAUAUUAUACCUGCUGAGACGAAAGUGGUUGUAUUAGAUAUUAAUUUAAAACCCCAAACCGUGAAUAUUUUAACGCAAGAAAAAUACGUGUCCGCUGACAGGAGAUACGACGUGGAGUGUAGGACAUCAGGAUCCAGGCCAGAUGCCAUUAUUACUUGGUGGAAGGGUAGUAGACCUGUCAAAAGAGCGAAAGAGAAAAAUUUCUCGGAGAAGAACAAUCAAAGUACGAGCGUUUUGACGUUCGUUCCUGUGAUCGAUGACGACGGUAAAUACUUGACUUGUCGAGCAGAGAACCCGUCCAUCCCCGAUAGUGCCCUGGAGGACAAGUGGAGAUUAAACGUCCAUUAUGUACCGAUUGUAACCUUGAGAAUGGGAACCACAUUGAACCCUGAGGAUAUCAAAGAAGGGGAUGACGUUUAUUUCGAAUGUCUGGUACAAUCAAAUCCGAAAUCACAUAAAUUGACUUGGUAUCACAAUGGAGUGGAAAUAUUCCAAAAUAACGGAGCAGGUGUAAUAAUGACUGACCAAAGUCUAGUUCUACAAAAAGUUACCAGAUCCACUGCUGGAAAUUAUACCUGUAUGGCAACCAACCUUGAAGGAAAGGGGGUUAGUAAUCCUGUGAAAUUGAUAGUCAGAUAUGCUCCGAUUUGUGUUCAAGAUCGAGAGGAACUUUAUGGAGCACUAAAACAAGAAACGGUUAUUUUGCGAUGUAGCGUAGAUGCCCAUCCUCCCGUCGUAGCUUUCCAUUGGACCUUCAAUAACAGUGGAGAUCAGAGCGACGUGUCUCCCGAGAAAUUUACCAGUGAAGUGACAUCUUCCAGGCUGAAUUAUACACCUGCAACUGAUCUGGACUACGGAACUUUGUUGUGUUAUGGAGAAAAUGAAAUUGGUAGACAGAAAGAUCCUUGUAUUUUCCAGGUUGUUGUUGCGGGUCGGCCAUCUCAACUACAAAAUUGUACUCUUAUAAAUCAGACAUCCAAUUCUCUGCAAGUUGACUGCAUGGAAGGUUUCGAUGGUGGCCUUCCCCAAAGUUUUCUAAUGGAAAUUCUAGAACUCCCGAGUCUCAGACCGAAAUUAAAUUAUACGACUUACAGAGCGCCACCGGUUUUUACAGCAAACGGACUCGAUACUGGUGCUAGUUACAGGAUUAUCUUGUAUGCGGAAAACGCCAAAGGUAGGAGUGAUCCAACGAUAAUUGAUCCAGUAACAUUCAAAGGAGUUGCUAAAUUACAGGGUUCUACAGCAUCCAUGCCAGUAAGCCCUCUUCUCAUCGGUCUCCUUGGUACAGCGGCUUUUUUAGCUACAGGAGUUUGUUUGGUACUAGUAGCGCUUUGCCGAAGACAUUUCACACAUCAUAUCCACAGAGGAAGAUCGUGUCAUCGUCCUACGGAUAAUGGUUCAAAACAUAUGCCCAUGGAGGCGGUCAUCGCAGCCGAUGAUUUGAUUGUAGAUGGUUCGGUAACGGGGGUGCGGACUCCACUUACUCCCAAUACUGAACAGCCUCUCGUCGUUGAAGCGGUUCAACAAAGAGGGGCCGUUGAGGGAGCCGAUCCAGAUAUUAUUAGAAACCAGUAUGAGAGGCGUCCCACAUACAGUUUUAUAAAAGUAUAUGAACCACCUGGAGCGAGAGACGAAGAUCUCGAUGAAGAAGGAGAGGAAUAUGACUUCCGACAAGUUGCCAAAGAAUCCCCCCAUAUUCCAUCUAGCCAGACUAUCUAUAGAAGUCUGCAAAGGCCUAAUAGAAACGCCACUCUUCCCCCUUUAACGGGCACCCAUACCAUAACACACAAAUACCGGGGUCCCGAAGUUGUUACGACCUCAAAUCGAAUACAAGAAAGUUGCAUAUAAGUGUCAUUGUUUUAUUAUGUAAUAUAUAAAUGUAAUAUUUAAAAUAAACACAAAUAAAGAUUUCA